AUGCCCCCGGGACUUGUCUCCAAUCUCCAAGAAGUGCUUCUCAGCCGCAAAGGCGAUUCCAAUUCGGACUCCAAUGCGGAGCAGGAACAAUCCAGCGAGGCCCCGGAGCCCGUUGAAUUCGAUGAGUCCAAGCCUGUUGUGUUGGUCACCAACAGCGAUGGCGUCGAUUCCCCGGGCCUCACGCACCUUGUUCAAGCUCUCGUUCAAGAAGGCCUCUACAAUGUCCACUUCUGCGUUCCUCAAUCGGACAAAUCGGCUUCGGGGCACUCCGUAACCCUCCGAGAAACUGUUGAAGCCGCUUCUGCCAAAGUUAGUGGCGCCACCGGGUUUGAGAUUUCAGGAACUCCUGUAGAUUGUGUUUCACUGGCGUUAUCUGGAGCGUUGUUUUCGUGGUCAAAGCCUAUGCUGGUUGUUAGUGGGAUUAACCGGGGUUCAAACUGUGGUCAUCACAUGUUCUACUCAGGGGUUGUUGCUGGUGCCAGGGAGGCAUUGUUAUGCGGUGUACCGGCAUUAUCGAUAUCGUUGAAUUGGAAGAAGGAUGGAAGUCAAGAAAACGAUUUCAAGGAUGCUGUAUCAGUCUGUUUACCUUUAGUAAACGCAGCUAUUAAGGAUGUUGAAAAGGGAACAUUUCCCAAAAACUGUUUUUUAAAUAUAGAAAUCCCCACGUCUCCUUUGAGUAACAAGGGCUUCAAAUUGACCAAGCAAAGUUUGUUGAGAUCCACCCCCAACUGGCUAGCGGUUUCCACCAGCCGCUAUCCACCCGGUCAUUUCAUGGCCAAUCAAGUUGGCCUUGGUCUUCAGAUUGCACAGCUUGGCCGAGAUGCUUCUGCAGCUGGUGCAGCUCGUCGAUUGGCUACACAGAAAAAGAAUUUGGAGAUUGUUGAAUCAACUGGAGCUGCAGGAAAAUCUGAUCCCAACAGCAUAAAGAAAUACUUCAGACUAGAGUUUUUGGACAAGGAGCAGGAAGAAGUAGACGAAGAUCUAGAUUACAGAGCACUUGAAAAUGGAUACGUUGCGGUGACUCCGGUGUCUCUUUCCCCUCGUAUUGAAACUGAUAUCCAAAUAGCAGCUUCUGAUUGGGUUUCUGCUGUGCUUCCUGGUGAAAAAUAA